CCAGUCGGCUCCAGCCACGCGCCGUGUCCUCCAGCGCCAUGCAGGCCCCGCAAGUCGCCGUCGCCCUGGUCGCCCUCGUCGUCGUCUCGGCCGUCCUCGGCUCCCCGACGCCAGACGCGGGUGACGCCGACAGCGAGGCCCGCGCGGGGAUGUGGUUCGUGAGCACGAAGGACGGCACCCUGGCCGGCACGCAGCAGGUCGGCGCGGACGGCAUCCGCUUCUACUCCUUCCAGGGCAUCCCCUACGCCAAGCCGCCCGUCGGCCCACUCAGGUUCAAAAACCCGCGGCCCGCGGUGCCCUGGCACGGCCGCGUGCGCCCCGCGCUGUCCGGCGGCGACAAGUGCCCCCAGCUGAACGCCGUCACGGGCCAGUCGGAGGGCCGCGAGGACUGCCUGUACCUCAACGUGUUCACGCCCUUCCUGGGCGCCGCCGUGCUGCCCGUCAUGGUCUACCUCCACGGCGGCGCCUUCCAGACGGGGUCCGGCGACAUCUCGGAGGUCGGCCCCGACUUCCUGGUGCGCCACGACGUCGUGCUGGUCACCAUCAACUACAGACUGGGCGCUUUCGGCUUCCUGAACAUGGACAGCGACGACGCUCCCGGCAACGCCGGCCUCAAGGACCAGCGCGCCGCGCUGCGCUGGGUGCGUGACAACGUGGCCAACUUCGGCGGCAACCCCAACCACGUCACCAUCUUCGGCAACUCGGCGGGGGCCGCGUCCGUGCACUACCACACCCUGCUCAACGACAGCCGAGGGCUGUUCCGCGCCGCCAUCAUGCAGAGCGGCAACGCGCUGCAGUGGUGGGCGUACCACGACACCUUCCCGGACCGCCUGGACAUGGCCCGGCGGCUCUGCGACGCCCUGGGCGGCGACUCGGCCUCCGAGGAGGGCAUGGUGCGCUCCUUCAAGCAGGCCAGCACUGGGGACAUCCUGGCGGCCAGCGCGCGCAUGGCCAGAGGCGGCAUCUCCAGGGUGAGUCGGGGGGCUCCGCGAAGAUCAGCCAAGAUACAUCUCAAAGGGUCGCUUUGUUGCUCUGUCUCUCUCGCACCCCUGUUCCGGCCGAGCCCCGAGCGCCGCGACGCGGGCCGCGAGAGCCGCUUCCUGGGCCGCGACGCCGAGAGCCUGAUCCGGCAGCCGCAGGUGCCUCCAGUGCCGACCGUCGCGGGGCUCAGCGGCAACGAGGGAGUCUACUCGUACUACUACCUCGGCCUCGACAAGGUGCCUGAGCUGGUGUCCGCGCUGCUGGAAAAGCCCGAGAAGCUGCUCCCGGACAACGUGUCCCCCUCGGUGGACACGGCGCACAUCCUGGGCCACGACUUCCCGCCCACGCUCAGCGCCGACGCGGCCGCCCGCUUCGGCGCGCGCCUCCGGGAGGCCUACGGGCUGGACGCCGGCGUCGGCAACCUGCAAACGCUCCUGGGCGACAUCAACGGCGCCGUGGCCGUGCACAGACUCGUCAACCUCACCCUGGGCAGCCACGGCCCCGAGGCCCCCCUCUUCCUGUACCACUUCCUGGAGGACGGCGACUACAACCUGUUCAAGAAGUCGGCCAACAUCGCCGAGGCGGGCGCGACGCACACGGAUGAGCUCGGCUACCUGUUCCGCAUCACCUCCCCGACGGACCUCCGGCAGACCCUGUUCGGCGGCUCGGCGUCCAGCAAGACGCUCGACGCCCUCACCACCCUCUGGACCAACUUCGCCAAGCAAGGUGACCCCGGCUUCCAGAGCUGGCCGGCCGCGGCGGGGGACGCGUCGACCGCCGCCUACGCCAAGAUCAGCGCCAGGGAGCUGGGGACGCUCGGAGAGGGCCUGGGCGGGGACAGGAUGGGCAUGUGGGAGGAGCUGUACGCAGGGCUGAGGAGCCGAGAGCACUGCUUCGGCCUGCCCAUCCCGCUGCCCGAGUCCAGGGGCUGCAAUCCGCAGCAACAGCCCCACUUCCCUGGGUAGCACCACUUUAAGGUGCAACCUCACUGCUCAUCGCCUUGCCCGCAGAAUUACGUAAAUUAGAACUGGCCGACAGGUUUUGUCGUACACGCAGAAAUAAAAUAAAGACAUUAUUUGCAGUAAA